UACAUACAGCCACACUAUGACAGAGUGACACUCACUUGACUGAUUGACAACAGUUCCUAAGUGAGUCUAUAGAUAAUAAUAGAUAUAAUAAAUAUAAGUAAAGGUAAAGGUACUCCAAUAAUAGAUCUUAGAUAGUAAUAACAACACUAACACUAUAGGCUAUAUUCUAUAUAGUAUAGUUAUGACAUCAGAAUCAGUCAUCACGCUAUUUUGGCAGAUUCCCCACAAAAUCAAAAAAAUUGUAUUGUAACACGAAUUCUGAAAUUAGACACAUUUUCAUUUAUCACACUCCUCGCAAAUUCUUACCCCCCCCCCCCCCGUCCCUAAGUUGAAUUGCAUCAAUUAUAAUAUUAUAUUUACUUUACUUUAUAUGUCUUCAAAAAUUCAAAAACAUAAUUUUUAAGUCAAAAAGUUUAAUACUAAUAUUAAUAAUUUAAUAAUAAUGCAGGGGCUCCCAACCUCAAACUUUAUUUAACUAAAAUUUAAGUCUCAAUCUAUUCUACUUCUACACCAACUACGGAUUAUUAAUAGUAGUGGUAUACAUAUAAAAGGCAUAGGCUACACUACCUGUUAUUAGUGUAUGUUUUUUUUUUGGGGGGGGGGGGGGGGGUUUAAAAUUUUUUUUUUUUGGGGGGGGGGGGGGGGGGAUUUAAAAUUUACUUAUUUGCAAGUGCUCCUUUUUAUAUUGAUAUAGACUAUAUAAAGGAAAUUAGUAUUAGCCUACAUAUAUUGUUAUACAACAUUGUUGUUCUUAUUUUGAGAAAUAGAAAUGAAGUGGACUGAGUGAAUUGAACCUUCGUUGCGCCUUACACAUUGCAUUCGUAUGGAUUUGACAUCAAUUAUUGCUGUUACAGCUACUGUUACAUCAUUUUUAUGUCAACUCAUAGGCAUGUAAGUGACCUAACCUACUUCCAAUUUUCCUUUUCAUUUAAAUGUGACAAUCUAUAAAAUAAUAUAGCUGUUAAAAAUUUAAGGAGAUUAUUGUAGUCCUUCAUGAGUGAAUAGCUUUUUAAAAUUAUUUAAUCUGCUUAGUUCCGUUUGGUUUUUCAUAAAUAUUUUUUAUAUUGAUUAACUUAUUUUAUGGUGUUUUGUAAAUUAAAUUAAAUUGAAGUAGACUCAUUUUUUACUGUCUUGGAUCAUAUAUAAAAGUAAUGAUUGUAGAGAUCAGUGAUGUCCGACCGCUGGCUGAUUUGAAAUGGCCCACCACUGUUUGAGAAUUUUUAAUGUGUGUAAAAAGUAAAAAAUUUUAGGGUAAAAAUAUUUUCAAAUGACAUUCAUUGAUACAGUUUUGUUGGGAAAUUAUGUGAUAACACAGGAGAAGAUGUAACCUUGUAAAUAAUGUAAAGGGUGGGGUCACAAGCUAAGGAGAGGGAUGGCUUGACAGGUACCGGGUAGCAGUAAUUUAUGUUAAGCACAGCAGCAGAGCAAACAUUUGGGAAACUGUGUGAUAUAAAAUCGGAUACAAUAGUUUCCUUCCUUCUGUUGCUUGUACUAAAGGCGUUAAUAAAGAUGAAUAGUGAAACCAAAAGUAACUUGAAAUAUAGCUUUUUGGUCAUUGUAAAAAUGUUCAUGCUCCCACCAACUGGACCAAAUUAGAUGAUAUAGGUAGGUAAGUAUUGUGAGUUAACUACUGCGCUUUGUGGGGUGGUAAUAUUAUGACUCAAAAGUUUUCAGGUCAGAGUAUUCAAGUUGUGAGCUGGGGUAAUAAAUGUGUCCCAAUUGAAUGACUACAAUUGGCAGUGUGAACCAUUUAUGGGACCUUGCUAUUUAAACAUGUAGUCUAGCCAGGUAUGGGAGGGUGUGUGUCCAUCCUGUAUUGUUGUGACUUUGGGGACAAGUACCUGGUACCGGUAUUCAGAGAUCUGAGUAUGAGAUGUUCAUUGAGUAGAUUUCAGGAUACAAGCUGUGUUUGUUUAUAGUUAGUGGAUUCAGUCAGGGAGGAAUUGUGAGAGACAGUAGGAAUAAUUCUUGAAAGUAUUUUUUAAAAUAAACAAACAUAAGAAUGCAUGGCCAAAUAAAUUCUGGAUGAUUUAAGUUUCUUCUGAUGAAUUUCCACAAUUAUGGAAAUAUUGUACCGUAACAAAAUUUUGACCAUGUUUUUGGAAGCACUCUACAUUAGUGAACUUGGAUUCUCUGUAAUGACCAAAAUCAAGUCAAAAAAAUGUAAUGCAUACAUUUAGAAAAUUUUAUUAGGGCAGGUGCUACUGAUAACUCAAAUUAAGAAAAUUGCAAGUAAAAUUCAAAGCAAAAUUUAUCAUUUAAAAGGGCUACAGUUUUUAUUAGCUUUAUUUUUAUUCUUAAGGACCCGAUUUGAUGUGAAGUACUCCAUAUUAAUAAUGUGAAUAAUUUUCUAAAAUAUAAAAUCUUUCUUUUGAGAUGUCAUGUGCGGCCCUCUGCUUCAUGGACAAACAUUUUUUUGGCCCACGUAGUCAAAAAGGUUGGCCACCACUGGUAUAGAUGUAUUGUAAAAGUUGAGGUCUUCAAUUGGUAUGAAAAAGUAAACCUAAAAUUUGUGUCCCUUUCUCACACCAAUGAAACCCUAUUACAAUAUUAUGGUUGUUUUUUGCCUGAUGCUACUAUAAGAACAUUUUUUGAAAAAUAAUAUUUCAUUAUAAUAGGUUUUUUUUUCAGUGAAAUUUGUCUUCACAUUGUACGGAAAGGGGGUACAGGUGAAAUUUCACCAGCGCCAUUCAUUGCUUUCUUUGUAAGGUUUGUAUCAUAUAUAAAUUGGUAAUGAAAUGCUCGUUAUUUAUUUAGCUUUAAUAAAUUAUUUGAAAGGUUAUAUACUAUUUUAUCAAUGAUAAUGAACAACUGAAGACCAUUAUUUACUACUUAGCUUAAAGUUAUCUUAUUGUGAGAGUAAAAUGUAAAAUGUUUUAUCGCAGUUCAAAUACAUGUACCGGUAGUUUUAUUACAAGUCUUUACUAAUAUAUAAUGAAUAUACAUUUGCAUAACUCAAUACUUGUCACCUCUUUUCCUCCCAUUAUUAUUUUGGCUUUAUUCAAAGCUUCCCUUUAUUUGAGAUUGAAAAUCACUACCACUUAAACUCAAAAACAAAAUUAAAAAGAGCUUCGAAACAUAAGGUUACACAUAAUCUUUUACAAAUUUCAUAUGAUGUAGAAACAAAUGAAAUAAUUAAAAGCAUUUUCCUUUUUAGCACAUGUAUUUGGCUCAAGUAUGGUCUGAUGUUAAAGCUGUUUAAUGUGGUACUUACCAGUGGACUAGGAACUAUUCUCCAAUUCUCUUAUAUCUGUUUAUACUAUGUAUACUCCAAAAAAAAGGUAAAAUGGAUUAAACCUCAAAAUGUAAAUUCUGGUACAGCCUUAAUAAAAGAAAAAAGUUUAGUUUAAUUUUUUUUUAUCCAGAGAAAGUAAAAAUAGAUUACUUUGCAUUUUAGUUAUAAACUUGAAUCAUUUUUAGGUUUUAAUGCAACUGAUUUAUAAUUUGUGAGCAAUGGUAAUUUCAACUAAUGCAUAUGAGGAUAGUCCCAGUUAAGUAAAAGCUCAGCCUGGUGGUCAUGAACAAACUUAUUUAAAAAGAUGGCCAUUCUUGUUGGAUUUUUAAAAAAAAGCCUUCUAAAUUUUCAUUUACCCAGUACUUAAGAAUUUAAUUAAACAACCCCUAAAAACACAAUAUUUCAUACAAAUCCUUUAUUUGCAUUUUUUAUUAUUUUAUUAGAUACCGGGUGAUAUAAUAAUUUCCCUCCUGCUUUUAUGCCGCAGAUUUAUUUUACCAAAUAUUUGAAGAGGAAAAAAAUGAAAAUAUUACACAUCAAAGGUAUUUGCAAUUUUUUAAAAAAGAAUCUAAUUUAGCAGUUAUCGGGAAUUUUCUUUUGCUAAAAAUCAAUGGCAUUAUAUUUCCUUCAUCUUCCCCUUGAAAAACAGGAGAAAAUGAUUUUUGGGAGUUGGCAGUUGGGGCUGAAAAUUUGAUAGAAGUUGUUGUCAUUGGCACCCAGUCUAUGUGCCAUGUUUCAGCUUGAUAGGUUGAUGGCAAGUGGGUCAAUUAGCUGUUCAAAGCUUUUGCCAGCCAGUUACUAACAACAGUGAAGUUAAUUAAAAUAUUAAAAAAUAUUUAGAAUUCUCAGAAUUUGUAAAAAUAAAAAUAAUCCCAUCUCAUAAUUAAUAUGUGGUUAUUUUUGUUUAUCAUUGCAGCAACUUAUCCAUCAAAUGCUGGUCAUUGGAAUAAUUAUUUUAUCACUUCCACUGGUGUAUGUAACUUAUUAUGAGGUUGAUGCUGAUAAAGCUAAAAGAAAUCUUGGCCUGUACUGUUCGGGUCUUGGCAUAAUGUGCAAUGCUUCUCCACUAGCCACUUUGGCAAGUAAACUUUACUGAAGCUGAAAAGCAUUUCCAAUAGCCAUAAGUUAAUUUGAAAUGUCAAUAGAGAUACUAUUGAAAUUAAAGGAUAUUGACAAAUUUUCUAUUGAUCUUUUAUUUUUAUAGGUAUAAAUUGGUUCAAUAUACAAAGUCAACUUUAUAUAUUUGAUGAUUAUUUUUAAAAAUUGCAUUACAAAAUAUUUAUUAAUAUUUAAUUAAAUAUUUCAGUCAAAAGUUAUUGAACACAAAUCUACAGAAUCUAUUUCCUUUCCAUUAUGCUUUGUCAAUUUCCUUAGUUCUCUUCAAUGGACAAUGUAUGGUGCAGCCAUUAAAGAUAAUGUUCUUUUGGUGAGUUUUUUGUUUUCAUUUCUCUAUAAUCUUACAGAUGGUUAGGGCGGUUACCAUACACAUAAGGUCUUAUAUUUAAUUCAAAGAACACCAUUGCUGGGUUUACCUUCAUAUUGUCAAUGUAAUUGUUAUUUACCAUUACCUGGCUGAACCUCAAAAUCGUUCAUAUAUGAACUAUUUCUUAAUUAUCCAUGAUGCCCCCAUUCCAUUACCUGAAGGCUUGUAGAACUCUGGUUUAUCAAUAAAAUAAAUUUAUGUUGUUUAUUUUUUUUGGUUUGUUUGUUAUAAAAGAAAUGGGAUAAUGUUAAAUUAACCUGUUCUCAGAAUUGAAAAAAAAUGUAUUAUUAGUUAUACAAAAAGUAAAAUUUUAUUUUUAGAUUCCAAACGCAUUGGGAAUAUUGCUUGGCCUGGCACAGUUUUAUCUGUUUUGGAAGUAUGGCUGCAAAGUUUCAAAAAAUUCAGCUGUGCAAGACACGUAGCACCAGUCAUUAAUUAAGGUACAAAUGUUACCAGUUCCUCCAGUUUUUUUUUUUAAAUCGUAUAUUCAUUUUGCACUUUGUUUAUUUUCUCUACUUAUAUAACUUUGAGUAUUAUUAUGGUCAACAAUAAAGAAUAUGAAUAUAAAACAUUUGACAGGCACAAAGAAUGUGUCCAAUUAAAGGACGUUUAAUAUAGGAAUGGCUGUCAAACAUAACCAAUAUAAAAUAUUAGUUACUUUCUAUAGCCAUUCAUUUCUUAAACAAAACAAAAGGUAUCUAUUAUCUUGUAAUGUGUUAUGAUAAUAAUUACCAGGAUAUCCCAAAUACCAAAGUUGCAAGCAAUAACUUAUGUUGUCAAUUUUUUGUUUGUUGAAGAACUCUCUUCACUUGCCUUAAAUGUUUAUUUAACAAGACGGUCAAAAUUUUAUUUUUCAUAAAAUAAAACUAAAAUUAUUUUGCCUCCCAUUAAAAUUGAUUUUUAUUGUUUGAAACCAGAAUUUUUUUAUCUUAUUUUACUAAAUUUUAGGACCUGAAAAAAAAAGAUUCUUGCCUAGUGCCAACACACUAAGAGAAACUCCAUGAUAUUUUUUAUUAUUAUUAAUAUGUAUUUUAUUUUGGUAAAUUCAUUUAACAAAAUAUAGCUUAAUGGCCUGGUUAAGAGUGGGGUGUAGAAAUUGAACAUCUAAAUGCUUUUCUAAUUGAGUGUUGACAUUUUGUUAUCUAUCCUUGGAAUCUUUGCAGUGUGUAAAUAACAUAUCUACAUACAGUUUUUCCAUGAACUUUUGUGUGUAUAUGUGUGUCUAAAACACUGAUUUCAAUAUAGCUACAUGCUAAAUUAAAGUUAUGAUAUUGACACCAAAUGGGAUUGUACUAUUUGAUAUGUACACAACUACUCAAGUAUUUUAUGUUCAACUUUUUUGUUUCACAGAAAUAUAUCAUUCAAUGGGCUAUAUAUGUAAUAUUAAAUCUUGAUAAGCAACUCUAUAAUAACCUUGAAUUUAAUAAUCGGAGGUAAUAAAACUCUUUUUAAGACAAAUUAGACAUAUUGUUAACCACCCCCCCCCACCCCAAAACAUGUGACAUUUAUAGAUGUAACAACAUUGUAUAAAUAUAAUUAUAUAUAUAGUUUGGCUCUUUGUCCACAUUAUCUGAUGGUUAGGAAUAUUAGACCUAAUACUAAUUCAGGCAACUGUCUUUGUGUUAUGUCAUGCUCUCACUGUUCCUACAUAUAUAUAAUUGACAGAUGAACCAAUUAUUUUGUGCAUUAAUAUACUGCUCAUACUCAUGUUGACAGGUGAAAUGAUAUUUUGCAUUUAAUGUAAUAAUGUAACUACGGAUCUAUUGAUCACAUAAUUUAAUGGCAUAGUGUUGUUUGAAAUUAAUUAAGUAUGUGAAUGUAAGCAUUAUUUUAUGCCAUGGUAAUUAGAUAUCUUUAAAACCUUGUUUUAAGUUAGAAAUGGUUUCAAUAAAUUCUUACUUAUAAUAAUAAUCAUAACUAU